AUGGCUACCAGCAUACCAUCACCGCAGCGGUCGCGCACUUCCUCACGAUCCAAAUCGCCACUUUCGCUGGACCUUUCAGAUCUGCCACCACUGGUGCAACCGUCUCCGCCUUCGAACACACUCAUAAUCACAAACCUUGUUGAGCCCGAGAUCUUCCACCCUUCAAACCUCGUCCAAAUACGCCAAACCAUCAAUAACUACGCACCUAUCCACACCUGGGCACCUCUCAAAUCCUUCAAGCGCGUCGUCGUUUCUUUCUUCGAUGUUGAAUCCGCAAUCACGAUCCGGCAAAAGGUGGACGGCGAGCAGAUUAUGGGCUGCCGUGUACGGGCGUACUUUGGCUUGAACACACCGCUAAACCCAAGCGACCAACAUUUGCCCCUUCCGAAGUCCGACAAGCUGUUCUUCAUAUCGCCACCACCAUCGCCUCCUAUGGGCUGGGAAAUGCGCAACGAGGAUGCGCCCAAUCAAAUAGUGCAUGCGGAGGAUCUGGCGGAGGCUUUGGCGAAGCUACAUGCGGACCACCGGGAGCUUCCUACACCAACGGACGAUGAGUUUAGCCCUAGUGCUAAGAGACGGAGGACCGGCAGCUCCGCGAUAAUUUACCAUCCUGAUGACCAUGGCGACAGCCCGAACCUUCCGGCCAUUGCUGUCGAAGACACGACUGCGAGUCCGACGAUCAUGACACCAGAUGCGAUGGAGGGCAUAGAAGGCCCGAUCUCCAUCCAGAAGGCCCAAGGGAAGUUCGUCUCGACGUCGAGACCUCCUGUGGAGUUGAUGCACUGA